AUUUUGCGAAUUGCGAUUAUAAAAGGGAUUAUAAAAUCAACACAAACCCAUUGUCUUUCCCAAUUAUAAAAUCGAAUUUAAAGAUAGUACAAAAAGCCUUUUCAAUUUAAAAAUAAUAAUAAAAAUAAAAUAUACCAAUAAUAAUGGAUGAUUUGGCAAAAAGAAAGCUUGAAGAAAGCACCAAGAAUAACAAUGGCGAAAGUAAAGAAAAGUUGCGUUCUUUGUUAGACCCACUUGCCAAAACCCAGCUUGUUGAGCUUUUAUCAAAGUUGGGAUGCCAAUAUCCUUUUAUUGCCGAGGAAAUUAAAGGUGUUGCAAGUGCUGACCCUGCCAACCGAAAGCUUUUUGUUCGUGGCUUAGCCUGGAAUACUACUACCGAAAAUUUGUGUGCUGCCUUUCUUGAACAUGGUGAAAUUGAAGAAGGUGUUGUUAUCGUCGAUAGAACAAGUGGAAAAUCACGUGGAUAUGGAUUUAUCACCUAUAAAGAUAUCGAUUCUACUCGGAGGGCUUUGGAAGCACCAAUUAAAUUGAUUGAUGGCCGAAUGGCUGUUUGCACCCUAGCUUGUGAAGGUGUUAGUAGCACGACUGGUACUGAUCUAGCACAGAGGAAGCUUUUUAUUGGCGGUUUGUCUCCUGAAAUUACAAGUGAGAUGCUUCUCGGUUUCUUUAAAAAGCAUGGUGAUAUAGAAGAAGGUUCAGUUGCAUAUGUCAAAGAUAUAAACAAAUCACGUGGUUUCGGCUUCAUUACUUACAAGACUGUAGAGGCUGCAAAGAACGCUAUUGAUGAUCCACAAAAGAUGUUUGGGGGCAGAAACAUCACAGUAAAACAUGCAGAUACCCUCGAGAACAAAGUGGUGCCGGCACCAAGAGGAAUUAUUCCUAUUCCUGUACACAUUGCUGGGUAUCCAAAGCCACACCUUAAUGUGGGCUACGCUUAUCCUGGUGCAAUUAACCAACAAUCACCCUCCCCCUCCCCACUGCCAUACUCCAUCCAAUCCCAGAUUUCAUACACUCAACGCAAAGAUACCAUGGAACCUUCUGCUGCACUACCCCCAAGAUUGGCCACUUAUCCCUACUAUUACACUAAAAUUUGGGCAUGUGGCAAGUAGAGCGGAACCUAUGCCUCAGGUCAACCUCCAGAUAGGAAAAAAGUUUCUUGCAGAUAGCUUGAGAAAAUUAUUAUUGUAAAGUUUAGGAAAUAGAGAAGCUUGUAGAAUUUUUGCAUAUUGGUUUAUAUCGCUCUUGUUCUGCAAGAGUGCGCGAAUUCCAACUUUCAGCA